UUCCAUGGCGGAGCGGCUUCCCAACAGUGUCGACUUUCACGACCCCGUCACUUCUCAAUCCCAACCCACUUUUCGGUCCGCCACCUAUAUUGUCCAGGUCCCUAAGAACCAAGUUUAUCGCGUUCCACCACCGGAGAAUGCCAAAUUACUCCAUCAAAAUCAUGAACCAGAGAAGCCAAGUCGCUAUUCUGCCCAAUUGCUUUGCUCUAUUAUCAUUGCUUUUGUUUUUAUUGCCUCAGCCCUUGCUAUCGGACUUGCUUUUUCUUUCCCUAAAGCUAAAAAUCCUGAGAUUCGAGUCCAAAGUUUUGUGGUCAGCAACUCAUCUCAAAGCCACCCCGACUAUGAUGUUACAUUAGAAGUGCACUACCCAAAUUGGAAAUCAGGCAUUUUAUACAUGCAAGGUGGAGUUUCUUCCCUCUUCUUUCAUGAACAAAAAAUGGGAGCCGGAAAGUUUCCUACUUUCAAUCAAGAUGGAAAAAAUUCAACAAAAAUUAGAAUAGUUCUGAAGGGCUCCAAGAUUCCGUUGCCCAACAACAUUAAGCAGAGCAUAAAAAGUACAGAACCAAAAGUGAAAGUGCCAUUUUCUCUAAAGAUCAAAGUCAUGGCGAGAGUGAAAACUAGUAGCUUCGAAAUUGGGAAUGUCAAACUCACCAUUAGAUGCGAUUUCAGGGUAGACAAUUUGGCAAAAGGAACGCAAAUACUUUCUCAGCAAUGUGAAACCGAUCACUAGUAAUUUUUCCAUGUGCGCGUUGGCGGGGUUCCACGGGCCAUUGGAGUGCUGCGUGCAAGCAAUGGGAGAAUGCCUGUAGUCAUGGUAGUAGUUACAUAGGGCUGCGAUUGAUCUUUAGUUAGCUUUUAUACGUUUUAGAUUCUGGUGAUGUGAGGAAACCAUUGGUGAUCCAGUGGUGUUAGAAGUUCGGAUUCUACAAUUUUGCUGUGGGUUAUCAACCCUGACAUAGAUAGAAAUUUCUUUCUACGUGCCUUAAGCACCCUCAUUUUUCAUCUAGGCAUCCUAGAAUUUUU